GAGAGAGAGAGAGAGAGAGAGAGAGAGAGAGAGAGAGAGAGAGAGAGAGAGAGAGAGAGAGAGAGAGAGAUUCAUGGCGACUUGUGGAGUGAGGAGGAUGAAGCUGGGAAGCCAAGGCCUCGAGGUUUCAGCACAAGGCCUCGGUUGUAUGGGCCUCUCUGCUUUCUACGGUGCUCCGAAGCCGGAAACAGAAGCCAUCGCUCUCAUCCACCAUGCUAUUCACUCUGGCGUCACUUUCCUUGACACCUCUGACAUUUACGGUCCUGAGACCAAUGAGGUUCUCCUCAGCAAGGCACUCAAGGAUGGGAUGAGAGAAAAAGUGGAACUUGCGACGAAAUUUGGAAUCACCUAUGGGGAGGGAAAGAUAGAGGUGAGAGGAGAUCCUGAGCAUGUGAGAGCUGCGUGUGAAGCGAGUUUAAAGCGGCUAGAUGUUUCCUUCAUUGAUCUCUAUUAUUCGCAUCGGAUUGAUACUCGUGUCCCUAUCGAAAUCACUAUGGGAGAACUGAAGAAGCUGGUUAAAGAGGGUAAAAUAAAGUAUAUUGGUCUGUCCGAAGCCUCUGCUUCAACUAUCAGAAGAGCACAUGCUGUUCACCCAAUUACUGCCGUGCAGUUAGAAUGGUCCUUGUGGACUCGAGAUGUGGAAGAAGAAGUCAUUCCCACCUGCAGGGAACUUGGGAUAGGUAUUGUUGCUUACAGUCCUCUAGGACGAGGUUUCUUCGCAUCUGGACCCAAGCUUGUUGAGAACCUAGACAAGAAUGACUUCAGAAAGGCUCUACCAAGAUUCCAAGAGGAGAACUUAGACCACAACAAGAUUGUUUAUGAGAAGGUUUGUGCAAUCUCGGAAAACAAAGGAUGCACUCCUGCACAAUUAGCGCUCGCUUGGGUUCACCAUCAGGGAGAUGAUGUUUGUCCCAUCCCGGGAACCACUAAGAUCGAAAACCUUAACCAGAACAUUGGAGCUUUAUCGGUGAAACUCUCACCCGAAGAGAUGACUGAGCUUGAGAUCAUUGCCCAACCAGGUUUUGUGAAAGGAGAAAGAUACACGACCACGGUACUCACUUUCAAGAACUCUGAGACACCAUUAUUGUCUUCUUGGAAAGCUGCUUAAAACCAGCUGAAGUUUCUGCAGUGUACAACUACAUGAGCGGUUCUCUGUCCAAACAGAUAGUUAUAAGAGUUUAAGGUAGCUCUGGCCAAAGGAUGAUAUAUGUAUACAACAUAUUAUGUUCUACCAAUAUUAUAUACUGUGACCAGUCUCCGAUCUUCAUAGUCUUAGUAAAUCAGCAUAAUUUAAACGUCCCA